GCCAAUGGCCGUGGACAAUUGCAGCGCGUGACGAUCUUUUCCAAGCUCGCAAGAGACAACCCUGCUGCCGAGAGCUUAGCAUAGAGACGAGCACCUCGGUUACAGCUAGUCAUCUCAUGAUAGCUCAGGGUUCCCCUCUUGUUCCUCAUCUAUUUAUCUGCCCCUGAACCAGCUGCUCCACGCAACAAAGGCAUUCUCCCGGAGGACGGAUAAGCUCCAGUAUGCGGAACCUUGAGCUUCUCGGGCUGAGUGCCCUCGCAGCUGCGUCGGCCUCUGCGGCCACUACCAGCGGCAAAUUCACCGCACUGUGUUUCAACGUCGCUGGUCUGCCGGAGAUUCUUAACAGUAAUGACGUGAAUGGCACGAAGACUGAGAACGCGGAGGAGCUUGGCAAGUAUUUUGCAGAAUAUGGCUAUGAUAUCAUCCAGCUGCAGGAGGACUUCAACUACCAUGCAUACAUCUACGAGUACGACGACCACCCCUACCGCACGGCUACUUCGGGCGGUGCCGCCAUCGGCAGUGGCCUGAACACCAUUUCCAACUACGACUGGGUUGACUUCACGCGUGUCAAGUGGGACACGUGCUCGGACGCCUCCGAGUCGGACUGCCUGACCCCCAAGGGCUUCACCUUCAUGCGUUGGAACCCGUCCGAGGGAGUGUACAUUGACUUCUACAAUCUGCACGCGGAUGCGGGCACCGAAGACGGCGACGAAACCGCCCGUAAUGCCAACCUCCAACAAGUCGCCGACUACAUCGACACCUGGUCGACCGGCAACGCCGUGGUCAUCAUGGGCGACACCAACAGCCGCUACACGCGCAGCGCCGACACGGGCAUCCGCGUCUUCAAGUCGCAGAACAGUCUCACGGACGUCUGGGUCGAGCUGGAGAUGGGCGGGGUGUACCCGACCGCGGGCGCGGACUCGCUGAUGUGCGACAACCCCUCCACGAACGAGACCUGCGAAACGGUGGACAAGGUGUUGUACCGGGGCUCCAGCCUCGUCACCCUGGCGGCCGACAGCUUCCGCUACGACGGCGAGGAAUUCCUCAAUACCAACCCAGAGUAUCUGGGGGAUGUGCUCUCUGACCACAAUCCGGUGCUGGUCGACUUCAGCUGGACGCUGUCCUCGUCGCUCCGCCAGAGCGAGUUCUCCGGCGGGCCGCACGGCGACUGGUUCAACGACCUCCCCAGCUUGCCCGCCGCGCCGGUGGCCUCCGUGCUGACCUUCCGCGGCGCCGACCGGCUCGACGCGGUUGCGCUGAAGCUGACGGACGGGACCACCUUUAGCCACGGCGGCACUGGCGGGACGGCCGUGUCGCUGACGCUGGACACCGGCGAGUACUGGACCCAGGCGGUGCUGUGCACCGGGCAGUACAACAGCCACACCCGCAACUUCUAUAUCAAGGCUACCACGAGCGCUGGCAAUGUGUUGGAGGCCGGGACCGCCACGAGCAACUGUACCACCUUUACCGCGGAUGACGGGUAUGCCAUUGUGGGGUAUAUGGGGCAGGAUGGCGAUGAGAUCGAUCAGUUGGCUUUCAUCUAUGCUGCGUACUAGGGUCGCGUCGCUGGGAAGGCGGUUCGAAGCUGUGAGGUGUGAGACUAGCAUGGAAUACAUGAAGUUGAUUUGUCGGUGACUUGCUCGCCUAUUUUCCUUUGCGACCGCAGCCUAACCAGGUAUAUGGUAGAGUCUGGGUGUUUGCUGUGUUACUUGGGCUUCUAGCAACAUCCGGCGUCCCGGUCCUCGAAGUGUUCGACCGGGUGGUACUAUCGCCCUUGUUCGAGCGCUAGACCAUAAAUCACCCGCAGUGCAUGGCGCACGUAGCGACGAGUGGUAUGGAAAAGGUGCAAUGAUGGU